AUGGCCGGCCCAACAACACCUCCAAAGCCAGGAGCGCACGCACAAUUUCCACCCGUCCGACCUCUGUAUCGAUUCAUGGCGACAGGAUUGGGAGCGAGCAUGUGGUUCUUUUUGAUGUACAGAGCCAAGAAAGACGGACCCGUAUUACUGGGUUGGAAACAUCCAUGGGAUCAUUGA